AUUCAAAAGAAUAAAAGAUGAGUUCAAGGAGCAAAGCAUGGUUAGUGGCAGCAACCAUUGGAGCUGUGGAGGCUUCCAAAGACCAAUUAGGUCUAUGUAGGUGGAAUUACAUGAUCCGAUCGGUGAAUCAACGUAUCCGAAACAACGUGAGAUCCGCUACUCAGGCGAACAUGUUCUCUUCUUCGUCCACCACCGUCGUUGCUUCCGGUAAAGAUGGUGACACGGCCAAGAAAGCUGAGGAGUCUCUCAGGACAGUCAGGUACUUGAGCUGUUGGGGUCCUAAUUGAUGAAGACAGAUGUAAGAUUUUUAUUAUAUUUGCCUUCGGUUGGAUCCGAAAGGUUUUAUCUAUGUCGGUGGAAUCGAAAGCCUAAGAACCUUAAAUAGACGCUAUGAGUCUUGGGGUUUUGAUGGAUUGUUUCGGGAUACAAUUAAUGACGGUUUCGAAAUGUACAGAACAUA